UAUCACUCGCCACUCGUUUCUGUCCACGUUGCCAGACUUGUGAUUCCUCUUUCGAUAGCUGCUUGUGUCAUAAGAAGUCUCAAGAAUGUCUCGACCUCGACGUACAGCCCUCUUUUCAAUACAUUGGGUCCAGUACAGGAUAAGUUGCUACAAUUCCUCAUAUGCAGCCAGGAUCUCCAGGCAGAAAUUAAACCUGCCUUAGCCCAGUAAAAGAAGGUGGAGCUAUGCAAUACUUUUUCAAAAAAUACUAUACAAUCAGUAAGCUAGAGGAUUUUCGAAACUGCUCAUCAACUAUACUACUCCAAGGUCGACGGUCAAGGCUAGUCUGGACAUUUUCGUCCUUGCUGCAGUGUAGUCUUCAGAAAGUUUGCUUGAUACGUCUUGUUUCUUUGACACAGUGGUUGGGCCACAUGUCAAACGUGAGCAAAUUUGAGGUUAUCCCUUUCUCGGAUACGAGAAGCCCCGACUUUGCACACACUUCGAAAAGUAAUCGAAGCGUUCCGAAGACACCGACAAUCUCCGGAUGGUUGCCUUAUAAGGUCAUUUUAUUGUGUGUUGGAUGAGUAGAGGGUAUAGGUACGUGAUGGUGUUCGUGUAUGCUGUGCAAUGUUACGGUUGAAACGCUGGAUGCUCUCGGGAGCGAGAGUCUAGGAGGUUCCGGAGAGAUACGCCAUUGUUUUGUGUGUCUUUCCGACUUAUGCGUUCGAGGAGGGUAUAAAAUGCGGGUCAGGAGAGCGCUCUGAAGGACAAUUUACAUACAAACAUACAAUUUACCUCCCAUCGUCUGCGCCUCGGCGGCUCUGACACCCACACGCAAUGUCGCUCUUCACCGUUGCUGUGCGCCGUGCCACGCCUAUGUUGGCUCGUGCCGGUCGACCCCAAGCCCGAUGGGCGCACAAUUCGCACUUCGACCCCUUUGCUGUUGACCCAAACAACAAAAAGCAAAUGUUUGCAUAUUACGCUGCUGUUGUCGGCGCUCUUGCAACACCCAUAUUUGCAGUUCGGUAUCAACUGAACAAGUACAAAUAUGACAAGAGGAGCUUUGGUUAAUUGCCUAUACGUGAUACAACCAGCUGUCCCAUUCGAAUUUCGAAACACGCAUUCAAGGACAUAAUUCCCUCAUAUACCAUCUGUUUGAUUAAACUUAUUAUAGCACGGGUGUAGAGGGAGGGAUGAAAUUCAAAAUGAUGUAAAUAAUACAAAUGUACAAUAAUAUUUCUUUCAACCAACAUUAUUAUAUUUUCUCUUCAUUCGAGAGUGAGUUUCGGAUGGAUGAAUUU